UUCUCUUUCUCCCCCUGUCCCGCCAGCUCCACUGUCUCAGCAGCUCAGAGGAAACAUGUUGACGAGCUCCACACGAAGCCUCUCGCAACCUCCUCUCUCCUGACGCACAGACUGAGCUCCACUCCACCGCAGAAAAUGGCCGGGGAGAACCAAAGCUGUCAUUACAAUGAGACCAUGGGGUUCUUCUACAAUAAGAGCAGCGAAGAAGCUGGAUGGGGCCACAAGCAGCACCAGUUGAUUCUGGUGCAGGUGGUGGGCUCACUCUUCUGCUGUUUCAUCCUGUUUUCCAACUCCAUGGUCAUAGCUGCUGUCAUCACCAACAAGAAGUUCCACUACCCGUUCUACUAUCUCCUCGCCAACCUCGCCGCAUCAGACUUCCUGGCAGGCAUCGCGUACGUGUACCUCAUGUUCAACACCGGGAAGGCGUCGCAGAGUUUGACAGUCAAAGAAUACUUUUUCCGCCAGGGUCUGCUGGACGUCAGCCUCUCGGCCUCGCUGUCUAACCUGCUGGUUAUAGCUCUGGAGCGCUACAUCUCCGUCAUGAACUUUAAGGUCCACAGCAACCUGACGAAGAGGAGGGUGACCCUGCUCAUCGUGCUCGUGUGGGGCAUCUCUAUCUUCAUGGGGGCCGUGCCGAGUCUGGGCUGGAACUGCAUCUGCAACCUGGACAACUGCUCACAGCUGGCGCCGAUCUUCAGCCGGAGCUACCUGAUCUUCUGGUCCACGUCCAACCUGGUGGUGUUCCUCGUCAUGGUGGCCAUCUACAUGAGGAUCUACGGCUACGUCAAGAAGAAGACAACGAUGCUCACGCCUCACACCAGCGGCUCCAUCAACCGCAAGAGGACGCCGAUCAAGCUAAUCAAGACGGUCAUGGUCGUGCUCGGGGCCUUUGUGAUUUGCUGGACCCCCGGCCUGAUUGUCCUGCUGCUUGACGGCAUCAACUGCACAAGCUGUGGAGUCAUGAAAAUGAAACGCUGGCUGCUGCUGCUGGCCGUACUCAACUCCGUCAUGAACCCCUGCAUCUACUCCUACAAGGACGAGGAAAUGUGGACCACCUUCAAGAACCUCCUGCGCUGCAUUGGAAACGGGACCCGGCGGCAGCGCUCGACGAAGGCCAACGCCAGGCCGCUCAGCUCCGCCCAGGACACGGGCAACAGUCAGCCACCGUCAGAGGAGACGAAGAAUGAGGAUCAGGGAAUACUCGAGACCUGAAAAAAUGGAACUUGUGAGGAGAUUUUCUUCUGGCCAGCGUUAGCUGGACGUACCUUUCACGAAGAUUCAGAUUGGAGAUGACUUGAAAGAGGAACUACACACUUUGUCUCCACUGUUGCCCACAGAUUAGAAAUACAGAUCUUGAGGAGACACUGCAGGUUAUCUGUUCUAGAUCGGAGGCUGGGGUGAGAUGGAGAUAAGAGACUUAAAUGCACUAAGAAUAACUAACAAUGGAUGCAAGAAUGUGCUUUUGUUGUUUUUUCCAGUUUUUUCUUUUUCUUUUUGAACAUGACUCCCAUUUCCAUAUAAUGAGAGAGUGCUGAUGCAUUUCCAUCCUUUUUUGGAGGCUCCCUCCUCCUCACCCCUGUGGGUUAUUAAAACAUGGAUGAUACUGUGUUCCAGUGACUGAAGACAGAAGCCACUAUAACGGCACAUACAUUUAUACUUUUACCUCAAAAAUAGGGUCAAAUGAGUGAUAUGUAAUGUUCUGUAAAAAAUAAAUGGUGGUCUCUUCAACAGAUGAACAAUACUCAAAUUAGCCCCUUGUUUAUAGGCAGGUACUAUAACGUUUUAGGUUUUCUUGAAUAUGGCAUGGUUUUGAUAAUUUUUCUUUUUAAACACCCAAUGAGAAUUGCGGUAAACGGCUGUGCUGAUUUAAUUCAUUUAAUUUCAGCUGUGUGAUGGUGAGCGUGCUGAUUAUUUUUGGCUGUUUAAUCCCACAUUAGUUUGUGAGGCAGUUUUGCCUUUGGGGAAGAGCAAACAGCGUCACUCUUCUUGAGCUGGGCUCUCCUCUUCUUCCGCUUUUAUCAGCUCACCUAAACCAACAGAUAAACUCUAACCUGCAGCACUGCGGGCAGGCAAACUUGUUCACCCUGUAGCAUUGUCACACAUCCGCCUCAGCCAACUAAACUCACUGGUGUUGCUCUGACGAAACAGCUGCUCGCCCCAAGAGUUGACGGAUUGUAAAAAAUGAUGUUGCGUCACACUGGAUUCCUGUUGGAAGUUCAGCAUAUACACUGUGUCCGUACAGGAACUGAAGAGCAUAGGACUAAAUACUGCUCCUGCUGUGAUGCCAUUGAAGCCUUUUUUUGGGGGGUGUAGGAAGUGUAGGAAGGCAACAUAUGAGCGAUGUGUGAGGAAAGGUUUACAGCUUCAGUGGUGUUUCUUUUUUGAGGUUUUUCAUGAUAAUUUCCUGUGUGACUGUGUCUGUUAUGUGUUUAACUGUUUAAAUUCAUGAAAGUGACCUUGCUAAACAACUUUAGUUUAGAAACCAGACAUAACAUGUACGUUGUGUCUGUUUUCGCUUGGUGAAAUAACAUGAUCGAGAAACAGCUGCAGCACAGAGAUUAGUUUCACUACAUUGCUUAUAUUGACUUUUACUGUGUAGUUGUCUAAUAUGAACAUCAGGUUGAAUGAUUCACUCAAAGUUCAGGGUCAAAUGAUAUGUAUUUACAUAUAUAUAAUGUGUUAUUAUACUGUUUUAUAUAAUAGUGUAUAGUAAUAUCCAGAUUGUGACUUUAUCCACAACUUUUAUUAUAUUUUCUGUCUUUCACUAAGCUCGACAUGUUUAACCUCUGCAGCAGUGGGGCUCAUGGUCUGUGUCAGUCAGUUGUUUGACCAGACCACCGCUAUGUUCCAAACUGAAAUGUCUCCACUACUUUUGGAUGGUUGGUCAUUUACAGACAUUCAUGGUCCGCAGAGGAUGAAUCCUACUGAUGGUAGCAAACCCCUAACGUAUCAUUUAACAACUCCAGCAAGUCAGUUUUUUCACUGGUCUGGUGAAAUAGCUCAACUUCUUUUAGAAACUUAGCUAAAGAGAAAAUAUACUAUGGUUGCCAACUCUCAGUAUAGCGCCACCAUGUGUUUGAUAUUUGUGGAUUUGACCAGAAAAAACUUCGCAAAGACAUUCAUAUACUUCUCAACAUGAAUUGUAAGAACCUAUUGUCAUCGUCAGGUUAUUUGAAUCCGUGUAGUACUUUACUUUAUGAUCAGUUACCAUCAGCCUUGGCUGUGUUUAGCACUAGUUAGCAUUCUAAUGUGCUAAGAUCUUGAACAUGGAAUCAUAUGACUGUGUUUGCACAACAAUGCAAACACCGUCAAUGCCAACGUCUUAGCAUGCAUACGAUUUUCUUGCAGCUUAACGGAGCUGUUAGAGCAGCUGCCACCUUCGAGAAUGUAGAACACACCACCCACUUUGCACCUGACGGCAACCAAACCAUAAUGUUACCUGCAAAUCCUGUUUGACACACCGAGUCUCCUCAUUUUAAAGAAAGAAACUGUCAGUAACUGAUAUUUGGUAUAAGCCUAAAUUCUCAAUUGUCGGUGCACUAACAAAAGAAACACUGAAAUCAUUAUCGGACACUACUAUUACACGACUUUGUCUGCGGUGAUUAAAUGAUGACGUCUGCCUGAGAUUUCCGACGCUCUUGAGGAGCAACUUCAGGUUGAUUUACCCUUUUGAGGCCAGUCCUUUACUUUCAAAUCAGCCGUCUACGACUGGACAAGCUCCAGAGGAAAAAUAAUUAACUCUGAAGUGGGAGGAUCAAGAUUUUCCACUUAAUUAGGCUGCAAACCACUUGCAUCAGUUCAAGUGCCCCCUCCCCCAUCCCACCUGCCAAAAAAAAGCUUUCUCCGAUAAACCUGACACUAUUUGGUGUAAAGGAAAUAAAUCAAGGAAGUAUUGUUCUGUAAACAUAAAAAAAAGCCUUUAUAAGUGUUCCUAAUGCUCAUUGGCCUCUUCAGGGUGAAUAACCAGAAGUAAUGGAAGGGCAAUAUAUAUAUAUAUAGGCAUGUAUAUGUCUCUUUAAUUUGUUGUAUAUACAGUUUUUGUAUAUUUUAGUGCUGGAUCAUUUGUUCCAUUCAUUUGUUUUUCUGCAGUAUGCACGUUGUGUAAUUGUGGCUUUUUCCUUUAAUUGGAGUUACCUGCUCUUCUAUCCACUUGUGACUUUGCAUGUGAAGUAAUAUCCAUAAGUGGGUCAAGACUUUCAGGCCAUAAGCAGAACCUGUGACUUUAUUCACCAUCACAUCUUUUUUAGCGAGGCAUCACAUGAAAGGGACUAAAUCUAAGGGACUAGGACCAUGACUCGACUCAUUUAGACAACUUCCAAAUGUUAUUGUGUCUUUGCUGCACAGUAGCUAGCCAUGUAAGCACACAUCGGCAAAAGACAUAUUCACUCUUUAAUUUUAUGAGUAGAUGCAUUUUUGUACAUCAUUAUCUACAAGCCACAAUAAUAAAUACUCAAUUUUCAACGGCUCUGGAAGGAUGCUAGCUUUGGUUCAAAAUUAACACCCAUUUGCAAAAAAGCUUCUCUUUUGAGACACAUAUUUCCAAACAGACUCACUUAUUUUUCUUUAUUUUUUUACCUUUCUGACACUAUUUGUAUUUAUCCUGUAAAUGUCACUCCUCUUAAAUGUUUUAUUGGGAAUGGAGCAAUGUUGUAGUCUGAAGGUGAAACAAAAAAAAGUUGAAACAUUAACACGUGCUUUGGGAGUUAUAAACAACGUUGUCUCUUUGUAAAUGAGUAGGCGCUUUUAAAAUUGAUGUUAAUAUAUUCUGCACACUGUUUACAUGGUUGCUGUGCUUAUCCCAUAAAUCCUUUAAGUCCUGUUAAAGAUUCAAACCUCCCCUGUAAUUCACUUGAGUUGACGUGCAUGAAAUGCGAACCUGUCGCUUCAUAACUUUCCAUCUUCACAGCCAUAAACCCACAGAUGUUUGCAUUUCCCCAUCAUACUUGAGGUGAUAAACGCAGCUACAUGACUCGGCAUAAAUCAAGGAAAGGUCCAACCCUGUACAUUUUAUCAAAAGAGAAAGACUCCGGGUAUAAAGACGUUUGGUUUGACUCGAUGAAAAGUCAUGUGGUUUCUCUUAACAGCGUGCUGCAUGUCCUCGGCAGAUCCCUCUGUAGACCUGUCGUGACUGUCGCUGGCCACUCCACUUUGAAUUCCCCCAAAAAACAUGAACUGUAAACUGUUUGGUGUGGUAACCCUUUUAUUUCCACAGCUGUGCUCUAAUUACGCAUUCCUGAAAAGCCAAUUAAAUUUCCCAGAUGUUCAGAAA